UCAUCAAACUCCUGCACAGGACAACCCGGAAAACACUGGGAGCAUUCAGAGGGGAAUGAGGACAACGACACGGGGUUCGUGAGGAGGAAUCCGCUUAUCCCGCAGUCUGUUUGUGACGGCAGCGACCCGCCCGCUGCGGGCCCGGCCCAACAUGGCGGGCGGCGCCGUCUCCAUGGCCACGCGUGGCGCUCCGGUUGCCAUAGCAACGCUGACGCUGUCUCCAUGGCGGCGCGGCCCCGCCCGUUCCGGGCAGAGGCGGUCACGUGACCCCGCUCGAUGCGCUCGGCGUGCGGCUCCCCCCGGCGGCGGCAGCGGGACCGGGAGUGACCAGAGAGUGACCGGGAGUGACCGGGAGUGACCAGAGAGUGACCAAGAGUGACCGCGGGGACCGCGCCGUCCGUGUCCCCACCCCGGCAGCGCCAUGUCCACCGCCAUGAGCUUCAGCACCAAGACCUUCACGCCGCGGCCGCCGGACAAGGGCGCGUUCCCGCUGGAUCACUUCGGGGAGUGCAGCGCCUUCAAGGAGCGCUUCAUGGAGUGUCUCCGCCGCAGCGGCUACGAGAGCGCGGCGUGCCGGCAGAGCGCCAUGGCCUACCUGGAGUGCCGCAUGGACAGGCGAGUGCGCCCGGGGCACGGGAGGGGAGCGGGGCCCGCAGUCACGCAGGGUUUGCCCAUGAAGGAAACGCUCCGUGCGGCAUCUGCAGGUCGCCCGCCUUGUGGUUUCGUGUCACUCAGCCCGUAGGGUGGGAUAACAGCGAGACCCGGCAGAUCUCACCCUGCACAGCGGCCAGCGUGAAGCUUUAUUUUUUGUUUUCAGCUGUGGUUACAAGUUAAACUUUUACCUUGUAGCCCGUACUCCGCUCACCUUCUGCAUGGCCUGCUCAAUAAGCGCUGACUGUGUCCAAGACGCCUCCAAGUGUUGUGUAUAAUUAACAACGAGUUAUCCGAGCCAGUGGUAUUUUUCUUGCAUUCACUAAUGCAAUUGAGUCUUAAUUGAUGCUGAGUUCAAGUGGAAAUAAUUUGGCCUGUUAGCCCCUUAGCAAUAUGUUUCAAGGCAGCAAGUUAGAAGUUUUUUCACCUCGCUUCAAGUGAAGAAAGCGUUGGUGAUUGGUUUUCCAGGGAUGUCUCCAUUCGUGCAUUGCUUUGCAAUGCUUCCUGUGCAAGGGUGACUCAGGGAGCUUUGAAAAAUGCACAAAUUUCCCUGUAUCUAGGGAAAGGACACUGCAAAUCAAAAAUGAGUUUGAAAAUCGCUACAGCAAAGUCUAGUGACACCACAAAGGCUGUUCUAAACAAUAGUCACUUGAAAAUGUAAAUGGCAUUGGUGGAAUUUUAGGAAGCUGUUAUGCAAUAAUUAAAGAUAACCAGGAGUCAGGUCAGUUUCUAACAAAGCUUUUACUCAGUACCCAAAAUGGGGAAACAACACAUUUAGUUGGAAAACCACUGUUAAGGGAGAAAAGAAUAAUCACUGAAUGUUGCUUUCCCAAAACAGUAUUUUCUGAGGUCUUGUCAAACAGCAAUCACUCUGAGAUGUCUUGGAUCUGUUUAGAGUAAAUAAUAAUAAAUGAAAUAGAAAAUGCUGCAGUUCUCUUGGUUAGAGGCUGUGUUCUCUAAAAUGUUUUUUGUUGUUCUCUUCCUUU